AUGGCAGACCCAGCAUUCUACGAAGCCGAGGAGGAUGACCUCCUCUCCUCCCUCGCCGCGCCGCAAUACGGCCAGCCCGAGGCCGCAUCUUACGAAGACGAAUACAAGCGGAUGCAGGUGCUCGAGCAGCACGCGUACGCGCAGCACGGCGAGCAAGCGCAGGGAGACGGGGAGCUCGGCGUACAAUUAGAGAUGGUCCCGGAGGAUGUCAAGAGGUUCCUGAUCCUGUUCCACCAGGCCAUCCUCGAAAACGACAUUGUCACCAUCACCACGAUGUACGAAUCCGGCUGGAACAAGCUCACGCAAGCGCACUAUGCGCAGAGCGAGUGGCCCGAGGCCGAGGUCAUUGCUCCUUUGGUCCAAAAUGACCAAGUCUUCCUCACCCUGUACCGCGAGCUGUACUUCCGGCACGUCUACGCCCGCCUCCAGCCCACCAUUGACGACCGAUUCCAAUCUUACGAAAACAUCUGCGAGCUGUUCAACUACCUCCUAAACUCGGAAGGCCCUGUCCCCCUCGACCUCCCCAUCCAGUGGCUCUGGGACAUGCUGGACGAGUUCGUCUACCAAUUCCAGUCCUUUGCUCAAUGGCGAUCCAACCCCAAAAACAAGUCGGAAGAGGAGCUUGACUUGCUGGCAGAGGCCCAGCAGAUCUGGUCCUCCUACUCGGUCCUGAACGUUCUCUACAGUUUGGUACAAAAGAGCGGAAUCAACGAGCAACUGAAGGCGGAGCGGGAGGGCAAAUCAGUGGAGGAAGUAGCAGAGCUCGCCGGCGAGUACGGAUCAAAACCCCUCUACCGCAACCUCGGCUACUUUUCUCUCAUCUGCCUGCUGCGUGUUCACGUCCUUCUUGGCGACCCCACCCUCGCAUUGCAAUCCAUGGAGAAUGUCGAACUCUCUGGCGGCUCCUUCCUCACCCGCAUCACCGCUUGCCACGUCACCACCUACUACCACGUCGGCUGCGCCUACAUGGCCCUCAGCCGCUGGACAGAUGCUAUCCGGAUAUUCGUCUCGGUCCUGAUCUUCUUCCUGCGGAUGAAGCAGUACCACACCCGGAGUUAUCAAUACGGCUCGAUUGCCAAGCAGUGCGAGCGAAUGUAUGGCCUCCUGGCUAUAUGCACCUCUCUUGCACCCGGUCCCACGGACGAGAGCAUCAUGCACAUCGUCAAGGAACACUAUGCCGACCAAAUCGCCGAAAUGCACCGAGGCGACGCCCUCAGCACCUAUAAAGACCUCUUCCUCUCUGCCUGCCCCAAAUACCUCUCCGUUAACCCACCCCCCUACGAGGACAGCGCCCUCCUCGAGGCCUACGCGGCCAACCCACCCCAAGACGCCACCGCCCGCAUGGUGGAGCUCUUCCUUGCCGACGUGGUCGCUGUCAAGGGAGUCCAAUCCGUCCGGAACCUGCUCAAGCUGUACACCAGCAUCGACGCUGGCAAGCUCUCGGCGUUUAUCGGGGAAGAAGCAGGCGAGGAGGAGGUUCUCCAGCAAUUAAUGGCCCUCAAGGCGGCGAGCCGGAGCUACCAGGGCAAGAAUGGCGGAAGCUUGCUCGACGGCGAGCGGAUCAGCAUCAACAACCUGGACUUUACCAUUGACGGAGCCAUGGUCCACGUAGAAGAAACCAUCACCAACCGCCGCCUCGCGGGCUUCUUUAUCCGAAACACCGAGCACGCCCAGCGUGUCUUCAACACUAUCCGCGCAGCACCAUUACCGACAACAGGUCAGCCACCUGCUGAGCGUGCGCCACGCCGUGACCAGCCGGGCCAGGGACAGGGUUCAAGAGCAAAGCCAAACGGGGAUGGAAAGCCAGCGGCGUGGCAGGGGAAGAACAGGGUCCGAGCGUAG